AAUGUUCUGAUGUACGGAGACACGCGGCAAAGAUGUUCUGUCUUUCUGACGGCGACGGCGGCGUCGUCACCUGCAGUAGAAUUGAGUAUAUGAGCAGACAGAACAGCGGAGAUCGGCCGGCGUCCAAACCUCUUCUUUCUUUCAAAUGGCAGAGGAAGGAGCUGUUGCAGAGCGUUGACUUGGUCAAGAAGAGUGCAACUGAUCCCUCACCUACACCCAACAUCAACCCCUCUCUCCGCCAGAGGGCAUGGCCAGAACCUCGGGGAAGCUCAGGUCGUCGAGCUCCGGGCUCUUUUCCGAUCGACCUGAAGUCGAAGAUCACCUCUCCCUUGGAUGCUCUGUUUCCGAGCCUCCCCCCAAGCUCCAGCUGCGUGAUUUGCUUGACAUCACGCCUUCCCUGACAGAGGCUGCUGGGGCAAUUGUUGAUGAUUCCUUUACACGAUGUUUCAAGUCGAACCCGCCGGAGCCGUGGAAUUGGAACGCCUACUUGUUCCCUCUGUGGUGCUUUGGGGUGGUAGUUCGAUAUCUUAUCUUGUUCCCUCUGAGGGCUACAGUGCUUGCAAUAGGGUGGAUAGUAUUUCUCUCAUCCUUCAUCCCUGUGCACUUUCUGCUCAAGGGGCAUGGUACACUGAGAAAAAAGAUAGAGAGAGGCCUGGUGGAGCUGAUGUGCAGCUUCUUUGUGGCAUCAUGGACUGGUGUCAUCAAAUACCAUGGGCCCCGUCCCAGUAUGCGGCCUAAACAAGUUUUUGUUGCUAAUCACACGUCGAUGAUAGAUUUCAUUGUCUUAGAACAGAUGACUGCCUUUGCUUUAAUUAUGCAGAAGCAUCCUGGUUGGGUUGGACUGGUGCAAAGAAUAAUCCUGGAAAGCGUGGGAGGCAUUUGGUUUAAUCGGUCAGAGGCAAAGGAUCGGGAGGCCGUGGCGAAGAAGUUGAAGGAUCACAUCGAGGGAACCGGGAACAACUCUCUCCUCAUAUUUCCUGAAGGAACUUGCGUAAACAACAAUUACACUGUAAUGUUCAAAAAGGGUGCUUUUGAACUCGGAUGCACUGUUUGCCCUGUUGCAAUCAAGUACAACAAGAUUUUCGUGGACGCAUUCUGGAACAGCAGGAAGCAAUCCUUCACAAAGCAUCUGUUGCAGCUCAUGACUUCGUGGGCUGUUGUCUGUAAUGUCUGGUACUUGGAACCUCAAACUAUUAGGCCCGGGGAGACCCCCAUCGAGUUUGCAGAGAGGGUCAGGGAUGCCAUAUCCAAACGAGCAGGCCUUAAGAAGGUCCCGUGGGAUGGAUACUUGAAGUACUCCCGCCCAAGCCCGAAGCAGAUGGAGGAAAAGCAGCAAAGCUAUGCGGCUGCGAUGCUGCAGACUCUGGAGGUGGAUGCGAAAUAGGGAUGAACGUCCCAAUGUAAAUGCCACAUGCAAUGUUUCUUAUACAACGUGAAACAGAGAAUGGCUCUUGAUGGGUCCUGUAAAUGUCGCAUACGAUGUUUUUUCUUACAGGGGCUUAGGACUUUCCAGUAUUGCCUGUUAAAAGAGUAAUACUGACAGAAACUGAUUUUCUAUGAA